UAUCAAUAUAUUCACUAAGGUGUGACCUGCCUGUUUGACAGCAGGUAUUGAUUGCUCUCCUUUCACUGGCCCUUGAUAUAUAUCUCUUAUUUAAAAGCAUACACUGUAAAACAUUACAGCCCAAUUUUAUUAUGUUCACUUAAUUCUUUUUAACUAAAAGAGCACUGACAAGUUUUGGAUUUUGAACUCAACUGAAUUUUCGAUUCUAUUAUAAUAUAAAUUAAGAUCCGCAGCCAUGUAAACCAAGGGAGAGACAGUCAUUUAUAAUGAAGGAAUCCUAUCAUUCCAUGCAUACAGCUGACAUGAGUGUGGUGCACAAACUAGUGAAGACAUUUUUGUGAUUUGUGUAUUUUGUCAAUAACAACCACAUGAUCCAGUACUCGGAUACGGCGUCAACGUGAUUAAAACAAACACACGCACACAGACACACUUACACACACAGUUAAUAUGCCCAUUUGCAGAGUCGUCCAAGCAUCAGUUAUAGGGGAAUCUAAUACCUGAACUUAACAUCCACUAGUCUGGUAUGGUCUCCAUGUGAUUAAUUCAAACACUUACACUGACCCAGUUAAGAGGUCCACAACCAUAGGAUAUGGGUAUGGUAUUCAUCAGACAUGACUGGGAGAAGGAAGUUAGGAAUCAUGGAUAAACUCAUUAUGAUGUUCACACUGGACAGUGAUGCUGUUAGGGAAAUAGGAACCGUCACAUAGAGACAACAUCCUGAUACACUGCUUAUGCUACUCUGUUUAGUCUAAAAGUCACAGGUACCGUAAACACAUUUAAUAACCAUAGAAUAGGGUCAGUUCAACCAUGGAUGUUUUGGUUUAAAGUCAUUUGUGGAACUACAAUAGGUUACCGACAGUUUGAGGGACAGAGCGUGAGGAGGGUCACACCCUUCUUAAGUAAAGAUGGGUGUGUGGUGCCGCAAGCGCGCAGCAGACUUUACCCUACCAUCACUUGAAACAUCAGCAAUUAUUUUUUACGGAGAACCGGCUCGAGGUUUAGUCCAAGAUUCAACUUUUAGUAUUUGUUGUUGGCCAAAUCAGCUCAGAAGUCCGUUUCAACAACCAUAUCAUCAUGUAAGGACAACUAUAGGUGACUGGCAGCCAUGAUGGAGUCUGCAUCCAAAGUGACCACAGACCCUAACAGUACUUGCAGCUCGGCAGGCUCCAAUGAUACACUGCUGUACAACUCCACCAUCUCCUUGCACCACCUUAACAAGGCCCUUUUAGGAGUGUCCCUGGGCAGCUUGUCUCUGCUAACGGUGAUCAUGAACAUCUUGGUCCUCUAUGCCGUGAAGAAGGAGAAGACUUUACACACCGUGGGCAACCUCUACAUAGUCAGCCUUUCGGUGGCAGACCUCAUCGUCGGAGCCACUGUGAUGCCCCUGAAUCUAGUCUACCUGCUGGAGGAGGAAUGGAAACUCGGUCGCAUCGUCUGCCAAUUUUGGUUGAUCAUGGACUAUGUUGCCAGCACGGCGUCUAUUUUCAGCCUGUUCAUCUUGUGCCUGGAUCGAUAUCGGUCGGUGCGCCAGCCGUUGAAGUACCUGAAGUAUCGCACCAGAGGCAAGGCCAGCGUCAUGAUCGCGGGUGCCUGGCUCCUCUCGAUGACGUGGAUCCUCCCCAUACUGGGGUGGCGGUCCUUCACUCAUGUCCAGCUGAAACCAGAGAUGGAGAACAAAUGUGACACGGACUUCAGGUUUGUCACCUGGUUUAAAGUUAUAACCGCCGUUUUCAACUUUUAUGUGCCGUCUAUUUUGAUGCUUUGGUUUUAUACGCGCAUUUACUUGGCGGUGAGACAACACAUUCGAGAACGAGAGCGAAUCAUCAAUCCUGUCGAUUCCUUUGGGGAUAAUGGGCCACACAAUGCUCAAACACUUGAAAAUGAUGUCUAUCAAUGUCAGAUGGAUAACAUGGCUUCAUCAGAGUAUUCUCAUCAGGAAAGCUUGGUGGAUCACUAUACUUUAGAAAAGCCAUGUUAUUCCAAUGUCAAAAAUGAGCAUGAAAAAAUAAAUUCUGACCUUGACAAAAGAAAUAUCUGUCAUUCGAGCCUUUUGAGGACCACAGAACUGACAAACUCAGCAGAAUAUGAAAACGGGGAGUGUUUGUCACCUCAACAAGUGAGGUCUGACUCAGAUGCUUCAUUGUCAGUCUCACCAGUUGGCAUUCAGCAUUCAGAGGACAACAAUGUGGACAAGCUGUUUGUGUCUCUCUCCGACUGCCAUGCCACAGUGCCAAACUCCGUGGCUGGAGUGUGUGAGAUAACCCAAAUUUCCGAUGUUGAGAGAUACACCACGAUGCUGCAGCAUAACAACAAAUUCAAUCCAUCCCUGGCAGUGUCGUGGCCAGAGGAGGUGGACACUAAACUGGACGGUGCCAAUGGCCGGACUCUGAAACAGACCUGGCAGAGGUUCUGUGAGCACUCUCGACAGCGCAUCCAAAGCUUGCGGAUCCGCAAAGAGCACAAGGCUGCUAAGCAGUUGGGCUGCAUUAUCGCAGCAUUUCUGAUGUGCUGGAUACCCUACUUUAUCGCUUUCAUGGUCAUGGCUUUUUGUCAAACGUGUGUCCUUCACGACCUUCAUAUGUUCACCAUUUGGCUAGGGUACAUGAACUCCACGCUCAACCCAUUUAUAUAUCCUCUUUGCAAUGAGAAUUUCAAACGAGUUUUCAAAAGUAUCUUGAACAUCCAUUUGUGAAAUGUUUCCUGUGAGUACUGAGGUAAACUAGAUCAUUUCAUUCAUCUUGAUCUAUGAAGACAAAAUAAAGUCUACAUAGGCGUAUUGUUACUUUGCCAAUGCAGGCUAUUUUUAUUUGCAAUGUCAUGUGUCAUGUAAUGUCUGUUCAUCAUAAAACUUUCCAGAAAUGUUGUGGUUUCUGAUGUCUUCUCUUUUAACUGAAAGGUUUUGCACAAAAGUGUAUCUGGUCAAAUUAUUCUGUGACUCGGUGAUUCAGAUUUGAAUAUGAUUGUAGAAAAAACUGUAAUAUGUAGCUCAUGUAUGUGGUUUUCCAGUUUAAUAUAUAUUUUGAAUCUGCUAUCUGCAUGUAAAAUACACAAUUUCAUCAAACUUCGAGUGAAGCUUAUCAAGAACGAAUAGGAACUGGCAGGAACAUCAGGAAUUCUGCGUUCCACUACGUCAGUGGUUCCCAACCCUGGUCCUCAGGGUACCCCAACCCCUGUCCGGCAUGUUUUAGAUGUUUCCCUGCUCCAA